AGGACCUCAUUGAGCAAAACUCAUCAAAACAACCCCAAGCUUUCAGUUUUUUCCAAUCCCAUUUGUUGUUUUGCGCUAUCUUCGUGUUUCAUUUCACAAUUGUUGUCAUUGUUACUUCGUGCUGUCGACUUUAGUAGUCUCUUCCUGUUUUGACGACAAACACAUAUCAUGGGUCUCUUCGGGUUUUCGUCCUCGGCUUCCAAGAAUCCGCCGGACAAAAACUACACUGGCAAUCUGAACCCCCCGGUCACGAAAGCCCAAUUGAAGAUGGCCUGUGGCCGUGCGAAGAUCAUGCGAAACAAAAUCACGGCGGCGACCAAAGCGCUGCAGAAAGAGGUGGCGCUCUUGCUCCGAGAGGGACAGGAGUCGCGGGCGAAGAUAAAAGCGGAGCAGAUUCUGCAGAACAUCAAUCUGUGCGACGCGCUGGAUUUGAUCGACACCAUGGCAGAGCUGGUGGCCACACGGAUCAAUUUUGUCCAAGAGCAGCCGACCUGUCCGACUGAUUUGUUGCAACCGUAUUUUAGCUUUGUUUUCCGGGUUACAUUCAUUUGAUUUUAGUGCGACUACAGUACACUGUGAAUGAUGCGGUGAAAGUUUAUCGAAAAGGCGCAAACUAUCAAUACAAAUAGCGACAAUGUAGUGAAUUGGAAUUGUUAGGUAUGCAUUUUUGUGCAUCACAACUUGUUCAGAAUCAGAGCGAGCGGCACAGUGAUGGGUGUCUCGCUAUAUCCAAACUCAGGAUCUCCUCCCUCCUUUACGCGAACAACCGCGCCCCGGUCGAAGAACUGGAGAAGGUGACGCAGCAAUUUCACUCGAAAUACGGGAUUGAGUUUGUGCAGCAGGCGAAACAGCAGGGUAUCAACGUUCACCCGCGUUUGAUUAAGCUGUUAUCCGUACACCCACCUACCAACGCCGAGAUGCUGUCGAUCUUGAAAGACGCGGCGACCUACUACAGGAUAGAUUCGUGGGAGCCGAGCGCGGAACUGCUACGGGAAAGCGGAGAGGCGGAGCCGAUGGACUUGCUGGAAUUUGCGGACGCGCAGAUGACUGCUCCUGCAGCUCAAGCGGCAAAUACAACGACCCCCGCACAGCAGGUGCAGCCGCAGCAGUUUCAGCAGCCGGUAAUCGUGCAGCAGCCUGGCUUGAUGUUUCCAUUAGCAGGUGGAGGAGCGCCGCCUGGGCCGCAUUUCGGAGGACAACCGGCCGCGGUCAACUUACAACCUGCAGCGACUGGAAGCUUGAUCAUCAACGGAGCCAACGGGGCUGUUCCCUCAAACAACUCUCUCCCACCAACUGGAACGAAUUUCUCGGCCCUUGACGCCCCAGACCUGCUAUCAGGAGGUAACGUGGAAAUGAAGCCGGCUGCGAGCAGUGCUACCGUGGUUUUAACGCCGGUCGCUUCAACGGCUGCCACGUCACCCGACGAGCAGAUGCAACAACAAGGAGGAAACGAGCAAAAGCAAAGCAGUAAUAUCUCCUCGGGACAGGACUUCAUUCCGCCAAGCGUUCCGGCAAGUCAGCCGUUCGUCACAGCGGUGAUCCCCGAGGGGUUAUUGAGAGGAAAAAUCCCCCCUCCCCAUAUUGAAAAGGCAUAUUUCCGAAAAUUUGUGUUGCUGAUUUGAGGUCACAAAUCGCGUUUGUUUUGCAAGAAGACAAGUGCAGAAGCUUCCGCACCAUUAUGGAAGCGCUUUGUCAUGCUGUUGGGCUUAAAGGGCCGCCGCUUGCCAUGCUGAACAACUAGACGCAUACGCCCCUCCCUAGCUUGGGGAUCUGACCGCAGUGCUUUCCUGCAAUACAAAUCGGAUUUGUGUACGCAAAUCCAGCAUCAGAAACUUCGUUUUGAUAUGGGGAGGGGGGAUUUUUCCUUUUGAUAGGGGUACAGUGCUGGUAUGGUUUUGCAGGUGCACACCGCUUGUGGCAAGCAGCUCGCUGUAGUGUUGCCGGAAAACGCACAAUAUCAAGUGUAAAAAUGUCUGGGUCUGAAAGAGUCAUGCUGUUUUUGCAUGACACAGAGGGUCUGGCAUGGAAGCUCUAGCAUCACAGGUUUCGAGAAGCUUCCGCAAUGCCGAAUCCGCAUGACAAGUCCCCUACUUUGCUGACAGAAAGUGGGCAGCUUUUGCUACGUUUGCAUGAGAGACUUUUCUGUGUUCUGAAAUACGCAUUACAAGUUGCAUCCUUCCACCAGACCCAGACAUUUUUACAUUUGAUACACAACCGGGACAAACGAUUCAAAUCCCCUACGAGCCGAAUCACACCAACGUGGAGGAUAUCAAAUGUAAAAAUGUCUGGGUCUGGAAGAAUGGAACUUGUCAUGCUAAAUCUAAAUGAUGCAAAAAUCUGUGUUGCGUAAAUGCCAAAAGCUGUCCGCUUUUGACCAAGUUGACAGGUAGUUUCUCAUGCAGGAAAGGCAUGAUAGAGGCCUGAGAGAAUCUGUCAUGCUGGGUCUCGCAUCGAGACCUCAUGGGUCAUGGAAAACCUGCAUCACAAAUCUUGCAUUCUUCCAGACCCAGACAUUUUUACAUUUGAUAGAGGAGCGACAACCGAUGAACCAUAGUUGUAGCAGCAUUAUCAACAAGGACGCAGCCACCGGUCCGAGCGUCGGCAGUGCCGUGGAUCUACCGUUUCAAGAAGCGUCUUCAACGUUGGGUCCACCUGCACCUACGGUCGACGAUGUGCUAACGCAAAAAGCACCACCACCUGCUGGACCAUCGGCCGCAGCAGCGGAGGGAUUCGGAAGCGGGUCGAUGGCGAUUGAUCCCGCGACGCUUGGAUACCAGCCACAGUAUUUAGAUGGGAGUGCGGAAAAGAGUACAACACCACGGCAGAAGGAAAAUGAUUUGGAUGAUCUCAUGAAGCGAUUCAAUGCGCUAAAACAGUAA